AUGCAACUGAUAAGAUCAUUGAGAUUUAUUCUAUUUAUUCUUGUUUUGACCACAAAAAUUGGAUCGAUUUCUUUAGAAGAACGAUUUCGAAUAUUUGUUAGAAAUGUUGCUUCAACAUUUCAUGCAAAUUGGUGUCAACAUUUUCUUAGUGAACAUCCAUCUAUUAGAAAUCGUUUUAAAUUAACUAUUAGUGGAACUCAUUAUAAUUCAUCUGAUUUUAUUUAUCCUAUGAUUCUUACAGUUGGUUCAUGUCUCGUUCAUCGAAAUCUUAAAGUAGCUCGUGCACGUUACAAUUCAUCAAUAACUUAUAUUGAUAUAUUAAAUAUGGAUUAUGACGAAUUACCUCCAGAUUGGACAUCUGAAAAUAAUGAUAAUGCACAAAUCGCUUGUAGACUAGUUCUAAAAGGUGUUCGUCAAAAACGUAUAUUUAAUAGAAAUUUUAUCGAAGCAACAUCAGAAAAAGUUCACCAAGCAUGGGUAAAACGAAAUGCGCAUCGAACAACAAAUAAAUUGAUUUUAACUUAUAAGAAUUUAUCCGAAAAUGAAAAAGACAAAGAUCGAAGAGCUAUAUUAAUAGCUUGUCGUUUAUUUAAUGAACUUCAUUUGUAUCGCCAUUUUAGAACGACUCCCAUUCAUUUAAUUGAACCUUCGAUUGAAUAA